AGUGGUGGGAUGCAGAGUACAAGUCGUAAAAGAAAACAAAAGGUGAUUACAGGGAGCUACAAUUUCAUACCCAAAAAAAGUAUAACAAAGGUACCCCAACACAGAAGAGAAGCCACGCAGUUACAACAGGAUAUCUACUGACAGAUUCUAGUGGCGUAAUGCGGGCUGUUAUUGGGGAGUCCCAUCGCUGGAACUUACUGUGAUUUUUAUGUGUGUUCUGGCUGUGUUUCUUGGCGACUUUCUGAACUGAAUCAUUCCACUGGACCCAAGUGGCAAAGUCUUAUGUUCAGUCAAGUUUGACGUGCCGUGCUGUUUGUGACUGUUCUGUACGAGCGAGGAAAGGUUCUGGCCCUGUCCCGAUGAACUAAAUCUCUUCGCGAUUGUUGCUUUGAGGUUUGUGCAAGGACUAAAGCGCAGUGACGAAUAAGGAUAACUGAAAGUGACAAAAGAGUAAAGAAAGACGAAUGUUUCUGAUAUUUUUCCCAAUAAGGACGGUUUGGCAGAAGGCACAAAACAGGACUGAGGUGAAGCGAGGACAAAACAGGUUGGUGGUUCUGAAGUUUCGAGUUUCUGCCGUCCUGGCCAGUGAUAUUAAAGUGUGCGUUUGACCAGGAGAACUUGUCAUCAAGAAGAGCGCAGAGGCUAACUGGCAGGUGUACAAGUUCAUUUACAUGCGUAGUCUACGUAUAUAAAUAGAAGCCGUUUUUUAGGACUAAUCCGACUGUAGCGUUACACCGGCCCUCUCAUAUGUAUUAAACGCACCACUUUCGUUGUGUCUUAUCGGAGACGACUGUCCCAGUGCAACCCACCCGAGUCGCUUUGGCUGUAAGGGUAGGUGUCGUCGCAUGGACUGACAUGGCUACUGAUCUCGCCAUGAGCGCCGAGUUGCCUAACAGCCCCUUGGCCAUAGAGUAUGUGAACGAUUUCGACCUCAUGAAGUUUGAAGUUAAAAAAGAGCCCCCCGAGUCAGAUCGCUACUGCCACCGCCUGCCGCCGGGUUCCUUAUCCUCCACCCCUAUCAGCACACCGUGCUCCUCUGUGCCUUCAUCGCCCAGUUUUUGUGCGCCUAGUCCGGGGGCGCAGCCGGGCCAAAAUCUCGGCAAUGGCAUAAAUAACAACAACAACAACAACAACAGCGGUGGAAACGGCAACAACAAUCAGGGCGUCUCUGGCAAGCCACAGCUGGAAGACCUUUACUGGAUCCCGAACUACCAGCACCACAUUAACCCAGAGGCCCUGAACCUGACCCCGGAGGACGCGGUCGAAGCGCUCAUCGGCAACGCACACCAUCACCACAGCCAUCACCACCAUCAACCCUACGACAGCUUCCGCGGCCAGCAGUAUGUCGGUGAGGACCUGUCGACGGCCUCGGGCGGCCAUCACCAUCCUGCGCACCACCACCACCACCACCACCACCACGGCCAUCACGCGCACGCGCGUCUCGAGGACCGCUUCUCCGACGAGCAGCUGGUCAGCAUGACGGUGCGCGAGCUCAACCGGCAGCUGCGAGGCUUCAGCAAGGAAGAGGUGAUCCGCCUCAAGCAGAAACGACGGACCCUGAAGAACCGGGGCUAUGCGCAGUCGUGCCGCUACAAACGCGUGCAGCAACGGCACAUGCUCGAGACCGAGAAGUGCACGCUUCAGAAUCAGGUGGAGCAGCUCAAGCAGGACAUCGCGCGCCUGGCCAAGGAGCGGGAUCUGUACAAAGAGAAGUACGAGAAGCUCGCGAGCCGAACCUACAGUGGGGGGGGCGGUGGCAACAGUCGGGACCCGUCCAGCGGCAAUCACGGCAAAAGCUCUUCAGCGGAAUUCUUCAUGUGAGAAUCACGCAUGUCGUGGACUUUUCCCUGUACACCAACGUGUUCAUUUUUUAAAAACUUUUAUUUUUAUCUCUUCGAGUGUGCGCCUUUAUUUACAGCGCCUGCUUUUCAGAAAGGCUAGAUCCACUUUGAACUUGUACUAUGAUUACAUAUAGCUAGGCCUACAUAUUUAAAUAAUGAAUCAUGCACACGCCAUAGUUUGUGCGUAUACAUUCACAUGUAGUGUCUGUGCGCAUAUAUUAAGAUAUUGCUCCAUAAGUCUUAAUGGGUAGUGUGCUGUUAUAGAAUCUGUGAACAGACCUCUCCUCCGAACUAAACAUGGGAUCACCUAUCACCUUCAGACGAAAAUCCUUGCUUUUCUGAUUCAGUAGUUUAGCGUAGUGCUUUUUAAAAAUAAUAUGUCUUCAGAGUCACUCAAACAAACCAACUAUGUGUUAAGACUGUACUAUUGUUCUCAGACAUUUUAACGCCACAGGUCAAUUUUGCUUGUCUUAAUGGAUCGACAGCACGAGUCUUAAAGUCAUGAGGAAACUUAUGAAACUGACUUUUUUGAUCGGACUAAAGAAGAAUGCAAGCAUUGAAUGAAGGGAAAUAGCAAUACUUCGUCGUCUUUCUACAAAUCUUUGACAGUGUGUAACUUCAGAGCAACUCAUGAACUUCAAAGGAACGUAUGAGCAUUGCAAGUCAACGUACCCUCAACCCUGCAUGCGGGACAUGUAUGGUAUUUCAAAAUCGCCAAGUCCUUUGUAUCUUCCCAAGACACCCGGAUGAAAAGCAUGGCCCUUUUUCACCCUACACUUUCCUCCUUACCUCUUUCUUCUACUCUAUAAACAUGGUCUAAUUAUGCGUCAGUGUAACUUCCUAUACUGUAGUGAAGAUGCAAGCACCUGCAGCAUACACGCGGUAGUUCAAGAGUUCAGGAAAGUUACAGAAAAUAAUUGCGGCUAACCCAACAACUUCAUUCGGUUUUUCUAAUCAUCAGACUAACGAAAUAAUGACACCCAAACGAACUGAUUCAGAUUUUAGUUAUUUAUUCUCACAUGUAAAUAUGUAGAGAUGAGUUAGCGUGUUAAUUUAAAUUACUUUAUAAAGUCCUUUUCUGCUUGUUUAUUUAAAACGUCUUAAUACAAUGUUUGUAUGUAUAAGCAUGCAAAUGAUCAGCGAUAUUCUAUUCCUAUCGAACAUGUUCAAUAUAAAAAAGAGACGUCUGCGGUACCAUAACAAGAAUAAUUGGGAAUAACCCGAAAUCUAUAUUUAUCGAAUGUGAUAUUGGUACUUGAUCUAGAAUCUCAACAGGGACUUCAGUCGCUGCUAUAUAUCUAUGCAUCAAAUUAUUCCAAAAGAAAUGAACAAACUCAGAUUACCCUGUGAAUUUUGUUUUUCAAUGCAAUACCACACGAAUAGAAAACCUGUAUCGAUGUUAGAUGUGAUAGUUUAAAAACAUUCGCCAUCUUUAAGAGGAAAAUGAUUUAAUGCACAGUAGCCAUGCUUGACAUAAUUAAGAGUUUUCAACAAAAUUAAUGGGGUGGUUCAUUUACAAGAUAUGGAGAUUACUGAAUUAUUUCAUUAUGACAAAACAGUGCUUUGUCAAAUUUCAUGCAUUGUUGGUUAGCUACCUGAACUGACAUGCUACGCUGUUGAAAAGAAUAUCCUUAUCGAGCUCAUUACUUAUCCUAUAGCUGUCAUUACCUUAAUUGCUAAAAGACCGAAUCGUUACAGUUAUUUGAGGACGUAGUUGCCAGGUAGUUGGCAAAGUUUUAGAAGGUUAAUAAAGUUGCGCUCAUUUGGCAAAUCUUCAGAUUUUCUUUUGAAAAUUAAGGAUUACAAACCAUCCAGGUACUUUUAUUUAAAAAAAUAGCGCCGAUAUUAGUAGUCUAUGGAAAAUGAUAUAGGCCUAUCUCAUUUCAGUUCGCUUCACACUUCCAGCUAAAAUUCAAUAACCUGUUUUACACACAUAACUAUGACUUUUCUUACAUGGUGCCUCCACUUAUUGCUUUAUUUGAAUUUUAUUUAAAUUGGUUAGCCGGAACCCUCUUUAAAUUCCCGAUUAAAUUAUAACGCAGUUUUGCUCGCUCUCUUUACAUUGGUUUAACAAGAGGCAUAGGGGCUUGAGAUUACGUAACCUCAUGAGCGAGAUGGUAUACGCCUAUCUGCGCUGUUCUGUAUGUGUAAAAACUGUACAUAUGAUUUCUAUAUAUUUAUUCGAGAAACAUUUAAUGUCCUUACGUGUCAAUACGUUUAAAUUAAAAUGUUUCUGAAUGGAAUGUUGUUCAGAAUAUUGUUUUCAUAAUGUUUAAUAAA